AUGCGGUCCUCUCCGAAUGUCAUUAUUACCGGUACUCCCGGGGUGGGCAAGACCGUCCACUGUGAGCAGCUGGCGCAGGAGAUCGGAUUGAAGCACCUCUCCGUGAACCAGGUUGCCAAAGAUCGCGACUGCUACGAAACAUUCGAUGAAGAGCGGAAGAGCUGGGUUGUUGAUGAAGACAAGUUACUAGAUGCUAUUGAGGAUGAAGUACUGCAGGGUGGAUAUUUGAUUGAUUGGCAUGCCUGCGAUCUGUUCCCCAAGUCUUGGAUUGAUCUUGUCGUGGUCCUCCGCUGCCCCUCUACCUCUGUCCACUACGAUCGUCUUGCUUCCAGGAAUUACCACGAAGACAAGCUACAAGAGAACCUAGAUGCGGAGAUCUUUGGUGUUCUUCUCGAGGAAGCCCGCGAAGCAUUCGACGAGGAAGUUGUGGUGGAAUUGAACAGUGAAAAAGACGACGAUGUGGACACCAACUGCGCCAGGAUUACACAAUGGAUCGAUAACUGGAAGAAGCAACAUGCUGAAGAUGCGGAUUAA